CUUUUUUUUCCUCCUGCCCUCUCUUUCUUCAAUCUCCCCGCACAAAAACCUUGUCACUGUUCUCAGUCCCCAAAACCCUAACCCUAAUAAUAAUAAUAAUAAUCCAAAAUCCCAAAAUCUGCAGCGGAGAGUGAUGGAGAUGGAGCUGGAGCCUCGAGUGAAGCCAUUACCGUACAAGGUGAAGGCCACGUCUCGAGAGUCGCCCUCUCAAAAGGGCGCGAACGUCCUCGACUCCGACCUCCGAACCCACUGGUCCACCGCCACCAACAACAAGGAGUGGAUCCUUCUCGAGCUCGAGGAACCUUGUCUGCUUUCGCAUUUAAGAAUUUAUAAUAAGUCUGUCCUUGAAUGGGAAAUUACAGUUGGAUUGCGGUAUAAGCCAGAGGCAUUUGUUAAGGUGCGUCCACGUUGCGAAGCUCCUAGACGUGACAUGAUGUAUCCUAUGAACUACACACCUUGUCGCUAUGUUCGGAUAUCGUGUUUACGAGGGAAUCCAAUAGCUAUAUUUUUUAUUCAGCUGAUUGGAGUUCCCGUGAAAGGACUAGAACCUGAAUUCCAACCUGUUGUUAAUUACCUGCUACCAGAUAUUAUAUCUCACAAACAAGAAGCACAUGAUAUGCACCUUCAGUUACUUCAAGACAUGACAUCUCGUCUGCUGGUUUUUCUUCCUCAACUCGAGACAGAUCUUGCAAAUUUCACAGAUGCCACUGAAUUUAACAUGCGUUUCUUUGCAAUGCUUACUGGACCAUUUUAUCCAAUUCUACAUAUCUUGAAAGAAAGGGAAGCUGUAAAGGCACUGCAAGGCUCUCCUGAUUCAGAUGCUUUAAAAAGCAGCCAGACAUCUAUUCUAACUGUCUCUUCAAAUUUCGAGGUGCAACCUAGAAGAGCUCGCAGUCCACAUUUUGUUCAGGCUACUUCUAGUUCCUUAGCAUUUCGGUCUGAUGCUGUUUUUAUGUUGUUAAAGAAAGCUUACAAUGAUUCCCAUCUUGGAACUGUUUCUCGUAUAGGUUCUACAGCUUUGCAUAGGCUUAUUGAGCCUAGUGCACCUCAAGGAGACUCUGUUCCUUCUAGUGACUUAUCUUUUUCUUCAAACUACGAUGAAGCUUCCAAAAGUGAAUUGCCAAGUUAUGUGCAGCCUGCUGAUUAUUCAAGCUUAUUUGGUGAAGAAUUUAAGAUGCCUGAUACUUGCUGGGAUGCCACUUAUUUGAACACACUGGAUACUGCUGCAGUUGAAGAAGGCAUCUUUCAUGUCCUUUAUGCCUGUGCGUCACAACCUCUUCUCUGCUCGAAGUUGGCUGAGAGCAACUCAGAUUUCUGGUCUGUAUUACCUCUCAUUCAAGCAUUACUUCCAGCUCUUCGUCCUCCUAUCAGUAGUUCUGAUCAGGUGGAUGAUUCUUUCUCUCAGUGGAAACAUCGCUCUGUGCAGCAUGCUCUUUCUCAGAUAGUGAUGAUGUCAUCAUGUACAGUGUUCCGUCCUCUGCUUCGUGCUUGUGCAGGCUACUUGUCUUCAUUUUCUCUAUCACAUGCAAAGGCAGCAUGUGUGUUGAUAGAUCUCUGUUCUGGGUCGUUCUCUCCAUGGGUAUCAACAAUUGCUGCAAAGGUGGAUCUUGCAAUCGAGCUUAUCGAGGAUCUUUUGGGAAUUAUUCAGGGAGCUUCUCAUUCUAUUGCACGUGCUCGUGCUGCUUUAAAAUACAUCUUACUCGCUUUGUCUGGACAUAUGGAUGAUGUGCUAGCAAAAUAUAAGGAAAAUAAACAUAAGAUUCUGUUUCUUCUGGAAAUGCUAGAACCUUUCCUGGAUCCUGCCAUAUCUGCAGUAAAAAGUUCAGUUGCUUUUGGAGAUGUAUCUCCUAUAUUUCUGGAAAAACAGAACAGAACUUGUGCCAUUGUGCUCAAUAUUAUUCGCAUAGCUGCCCGAAGACCUGCUGUUCUUCCGCCCCUAGAGUCAGAAUGGAGAUGUGGAUCUGUUGCUCCAAGUGUACUUCUUUCUAUUCUUGGGCCGCAUAUACCAUUGCCUCCUGAAAUUGACCUUUGCAAAUGUUCAACCUCUAAAGCCAUUGAUCAAGAAUCUGAAACUUAUGUUCAUUCUCAUGGAGUCUCUUCCAAGUCCAGUGGAUUUGGUGAAUCUGAUGAGAAGAUAGACACAUUUGAACCUGUUGCCAAGAUAGAUGCUCUUGAAGAUGCAAACCUUUUUUUUGCUCCUCCAGAAUUGAAGAAGACAGUGUUGACAAGUCUUGCUAACCAUUUCGAAGGGAACAAGCCAGAUAAAAAUUUAGAGUCUACACCUAAUACCAUGGAAGGAAAAUAUAUGUCACUUCAUGAAUAUCAAAUUGAUAAUAGGUUUUUUGUUGAGUUCUUUAAUUUGCAAGCAGAUUAUAUACAACUUGUAGAUCAUCAUGAUUGUGAAUUAAGGUCUUCCGAGUUUCAACAGUUAGCAUUAGAUUUAUCCUCUCAGCAUGAUAUUACUCCGGAAGGUCAUGAUGCGGCAAUAGAUGCAUUGUUGUUAGCAGCAGAAUGCUAUGUCAAUCCCUUCUUCAUGGUUUCCUGCAGGCCCUCUGCUAAACUUCUCGAUCAACUGAAAACUAGCAGGUCCAAGAUAAAAAACAAUGGUGAUUUCAUGGAAUUUAGCAGAAAUUCUCAGAUAGAUCAAAAUGCUCUGGAGAAAAUAGCUCAUCUGGAAGCAAAAAGAGACAAAUCUGUCUUACAAAUACUCCUUCAAGCUGCCAAAUUGAACAAGGAAUAUCAGAUACGUGCGUCUCAAGGUGAUGCGUACCUAGAUGAAUCUGAUGAUGGAGAACAGGGGAUGAAUAUUCACUCACUUGAUAUACAGUCUGCUGAUGCUGUAACUCUGGUUCGGCAGAAUCAGGCGUUGUUGUGUCAGUUUAUUAUGCAACAGUUGCAAAGGGAGCAACACUUGUCACAUGAAAUUCUCUUACAGAGCCUAUUGUUUAUUUUGCAGUCUGCAACUGAACUGUUCUGCCCUCCCGAGGAUGUGAUUGACAUCAUACUUCAAUCAGCUGAGAAUCUUAACGGGAUGUUUAUGUCUUUAUACUAUCAGCUCAAAGAAGGAAACAUGCAUUUUGAUUUUGAAAAGUUACAUGUUUUGCAACGCCGUUGGGUACUUCUUCAGAGACUGGUUCUAGCAUCCUCUGGAAGUGAUGAUAGGACAAACUUUUUAAGGAAACCAACAAAUCAAUUACAAUUUAGAUGUCUAGUUCCACCAUCAGCGUGGAUGCAGAAAAUCCCAAAAUUUUCAUCCAACACAUAUCCACUUCCCCGCUUUCUAGGAUGGAUGGCUGUGUCUCGUUAUGCCAGGCUAUACCUUAAGGAGAGAUUGUUUCUUGCUUCUGAUCUCUCACAUCUCACCUCCUUGCUAACUAUUUUUACAGAUGAACUUACAUUAGUAAAUGUAGCAGAGAAAAAGUUAAAGGCGGUUGAUCCAGAACAAUCAGUUCCAAAGGAUUAUGCUGAAGUCAACAAAGAAACAAGGCCUUCUAAUCAAUCAGAUGGUAAAGAAUAUUUUUGUGUUCUUUACCCUGAUCUUCAUAAGUUCUUCCCCAGUUUGAAAGAGCAGUUUGGGAGCUUUGGUGAGAUAAUAUUGGAGGCAGUAGGAAUGCAGUUAAAAUGUCUUCCCUGCAGUGCUGUCCCAGAUAUACUUUGCUGGUUGUCUGAUCUGUGCAUGUGGCCUUAUUCUGGAGCUGAUAAUGGUGAUGACCAUACUGUUGAAAGAAAUGCUGACAAUCUGAGAGGGUACAAUGCUGUUAAUGCUAAAGCUACCUUGCUUUACUUGCUUGAAUCAAUUGUAAGUGAACACAUGGAAGCGAUGGUUCCCGAGAUGCCCAAAAUAGCACAAAUUCUGAUUUCUUUGUGUAAAUCAUCUUAUUGUGAUGUGGCUUUCCUUGAUUCCAUACUGCGUUUAUUGCAACCACUUAUAUCUUACUUUCUGAAGAAAGUAACUGAUGAUGGAAGGCUGUUGAGCAAUGAGCUUUCUUGUCUAGAUUUUGAGUUAAAUUUUGAGGAAUUGUUGGAAAGUAUCAGAUGCAGAAAGGAGCAUCAGGAUGCUCCUAGAGGAAAGAAAUUACGGGGUUCUUUGAUGAUCUUCAUUUUGGGUUCUCUAUUUCGAGAUUUUUCAUCCAGAAGGAAAAUAGAAAUUCUACACUCCUUGCUAGAGUGGGUUGAUUUUACAACUUCAGAGCCGACAACAUCUUUCUACGAUUACCUGUGUGCCUUUCAUAAAGUAGUGGACAGCUUCCAUCUGUUGCUGAUACAAAAUAUGGACCCAUUUGGCGCUCUCAAACCGUUCAAGGAAACUGAAGUCUCAGAACAUAGCAUAGGAAGCCUUGGUAGCAGCUCAUAUUUUCCUUCUGAUUUUGCAAAUAUUGCUGAGACUGGAGAGACUGAUAGCACUGUUGCAUAUGAUCCCACAGAUCACGGGCUUCAUUAUUUGUCUGCAGAUGAAAUCAAAGAAUUUUCGGAAGCUUGGCAACUUUUAAUAUCCAAAUUUAUUCCUGCUAUUGAGAUGAGCUGGAAACUGCAUUAUCAGUUAGCAAUGAAGCUGACAUAUAAAUUAGCAAAGUGUUUCUUUUUCUUAAGAUGUUUGUGUUCCAUUAGUCAAGAAGAUAUGUUUACCAGAGAGGGGGACAGGGGAACCAUUAGCUUGUCUGAAUCAAAUGAUCUUUUUAAGCAUUGGCAGAAUGCGCUUGAAGGACUUACCGGAGUUAUUAUUGCAACUCAGCAGAAUCAAUGUUGGCAGGUCGGAUCUGCUAUGCUCGACUAUCUACUCAGGUUGCCCAGAAGCAUCUCUCUGGACUGUGUCCUCUCUUCUAUAUGUUCAGCAAUAAAACAUUUUAUUCUCCAUGCACCUAGAAUUUCAUGGCGGCUACAGACAGACAAGUGGUUAUCUUACUUAUUUAUGAGAGGCAUAGGUAAUCUUGAUGGAAAUGAAGCAGCAUUAAUUGAUCUGUUCUCUUCGAUGUUGGGUCAUUGGGAACCAGAGCAGAGAUCUGUUGCACUGCAGCAUCUUGGAAGAAUUGUUUGUCUGGAUCACGACAAUGGCGUCGCAAAAUUGUUUCUCUCAUUUCGUGAAAAUUUGACUGCAUCUGACUCUCCCAUAGCCAUUCCUGAGUCAGUCAGAUUUGUUUUGGUAUCAAGCACAUGGGACAGGGUGGCAGCAGUGUCUGUAUCUGACCCUUCUAUCUUGUUGAGAUCACAUGCAAUGGCAUUGCUUUCAGGUUAUAUUCCAUAUGCAGAUAGAACUAAACUGCAGUCAUUUCUUGUCGCAACUAAUACAUUUAUGCGAAGUAUGGGGAGGAUUUCUCCAACAAUGGAAGAGUGUCAUGUGACACGCCUUUCAUUAGGUCUUCUAGCAAGUGCCUGUUUGUAUUCUGCUCCUGAGGAUAUUUCUUUAAUACCUGAAAAUGUUUGGCAAAACUUGGAGAAUAUUGGAAUGUCAAAAACUGGAGGGCUUGACGAUGCGGACAAAAAGCUAUGUCAAGCUUUAUGCAAACUUAAAGCUGAGCCUGAUGUUGCCAAAGAAGCCCUAGAAGAUGCGUUGUCGUCAAGUUCUACCACAAAACAGAGCGAUCCUAAUUUCAGAAGCACACGCGAGUCAAUUCUUCAGGUAUUUUCUUCUUUAACUUCCAUACAAUCAUACUUCGAUUUCUUCUCUAGGAGAAGUGAUCAAGAGGCUCAGGAAUUAGAGGAGGCUGAGAUUGAAAUAGACCUUCUUCAGAAAGAAAAAGCACAACAAGAAGUGUCCAGAGGUUCUCAGGAAGAGACAUUUGUAACUUCCAACAUGUCAUGUGCUGAGGAUGGUAGCCGCCUCUGCAAAAUUAAGGAUGAAAUUCAAUCCUUGGAGAAGGCCAAACUAAGAGAAGAGAUAGCAGCUCGCAGACAAAAGAAACUUCUGAUGAGGCGUACUCGUCAGAAAUCUUUAGAAGAAGCAGCUUCACGGGAAAUGCAGCUUCUUCAAGAGAUUGAUAGGGAAAGGACAAUUGAAAUGGAACGUACAAUUGAGAGGCAGCGUCAAUUGGAGCUUGAACGUUCAAAAACCAGGGAGCUGCAGUUUAACCUUGAUAUGGAAAGGGAAAGACAAACUCAGAAAGAGCUUCAAAGGGAACUGGAGCAGGUUGAAUCUGGGGUCCGUUCAUCACGGCGAGAGUUCUCUUCUAAUCCUAACAGUCGACCUAGGGAUAGAUAUCGUGAACGGGAUAAUGUAAGGCCAAGCAGCAGAGGCCGUGAGAGCAGUUCGUCACAGUCAGCAGCAGCCAAUCUCGGUGCAGCUUCUCCAUCACCAACAGUAGUCCUCGCUGGAUCCCGCUCAUUCUCCGGUCAACUUCCAACUAUUCUUCAAUCCAGAGAGCGGAUGGAGGAGCGUAGUGCUGCCUAUGAAGAGAGUUUUGAUGGGAGCAGGGAUUCUGGUGAUGCAAGUAGUGUUGGUGAUCCGGAGUUGGGUUCGGCAUUUGAUGGUUUUGGUUCGGGUCCAAGGCGAGGUAGCAGCAAGUCUCGGGGGAUUUCAGAGAGGAGAGAGAGGGAAGGGAGAAGGGAAGGGAAAUGGGAAAGAAAGCACUGAUUAAGCCACUGAACUGAGGAAUAUCUGAACAACAUUUGGAUGUAUAAUGUGCAUUGUAUCUUUUGCUUAGAGCAUCAGUGUAAAUUUGAGUAUGUUGGAAAGACAACUCAGUUUUUUUAGUAUAUAGUUGUUUUCCUAAACUGGCUUUCGACUAUCAAUUCAAACAUUAUUUAUUCCAAUUUUUCUUUCCCAA